GCUCUCCGUCGGUUAUUCUAGUCAUCAUAGGAUAUGCUUCGUCUACUGGGUCAACACGUCGCGCUGCGCGUCAACGUGACAAAAGGUCCCUUAUUCACAGGGGCUGUCGUUUCCCAGCUCGUUACGCGACCGUCCACGUAUGCGCGUACAUUUUUAUCCGUCACUCGUCCGCUGCUCGUUGAGAAGGACACGGCGACCAAGAGGAAAGCCCCUGCAGCCAAAAGCGACACAGCGACUGGUGAUAAAAAGACACCGGCUAAGAGUGCGUCGAAGACCACAGCUGCUACUAAGGAGCCAGCGAAGAAGCCGGUGAAGAAGCCAGUGAAGGCUGCUGUCAAGUCGAAAGCCUACGUACCACUGACCCGCAUGAAGAUUAGUCGCGAGGAUCGUCCUCCUACGGGCAGACGAUCACCAUUUGUCUUCUUCAUCCAAGAAUUCUUGAAGACACGUGUAUCCAAAUCGCUCAAAGACUCGGCUGAGUAUAUGUCCCAGGCAGGACAGGAAUGGCGCGCUCUCAGCGAGUCAGAGAAGCAGAAGUACCAGGAUGCUAGUGCUGAGGACACAAAGAGAUAUUUGCGAGACAUGAUCGAAUACGUCGAACGGGUUGAUCCCCAAGUCUUGAAGGCCAUCAACGUUCAACGCAAAGCAAAAGGCCAACAGCGCUGGAAGGUUCCUCCCGAGGCCAAGCCCAAGAGAGAAAAGAGGCCCCUCUCGUCAUUCAUGCGAUUUUUGAGGGACCCCCCGCCUGAGGUUGUCGCAAAAUUGGAGGGCUUGGGGGACAUGACAUGGCUUAAGAGAAAUUCCAUUCUUGGAGAAGAGUGGAGGCAGCUGUCGGCUGAAACGAAGGCGUCGUACACGGAAGCAGCCAAGAAGGAGCGGGAGGAAUGGCGCGCUCAGCAUGGAUCGGCCACUACAUCAGCAUAAAAUGUGGUUGGAAACCUCACUAUGGCCUUCGACUAUGAUGUGUAGACCACCGCUCUCUUCGCUUGCUCCACUUAUGACUUCUGUCCUAGACUUCUGUCUUGAGAUUCUGGCCAGCUCAUCUGGACAGAUGAUUUACGUUUACUGUAGCUUGACAUAUGUUCUAUAAUAAUUUGUCAAGGUGCCCACCAGUGGUUAACGCACAGCACCACUUUGGUGACCGAAUGGGCAGUCGGCUCUGUUGC